AUGACAAAAACUGUUACAGAUUUAUUUAAUGAAAUUCUUGUACAAGCACAAUCAAUUGAACAUAUGAACGAUGUUGCUGUUAAAUUCAUCGAAGAAGUUAAGAUGCAUGACAAAAUUUUAAAACAUUUUCGUUUAUCGUUAUGUGAUUUAAAUUCAAUUUCAUCUAAACGUCAACAAUAUUCUUCAAAUAAUCAACAUGCGUCUCUAGUGGUUUUAAAUAAAGUAGAAUUAUUUGAUAAACGAUAUGCUAAUCUUCUUGCUAAAAUAGAAGAAUAUGUGCGUUUAUUUAUAAAACAUCUAAAGACAAUCGGACAAACAAUUAAUCUUCCAAUAGACGCUGCAUCAACUAUUGUUCAACUCUAUCGCAGUACAAUUGUAUCUCGAUAUAAUAUUAUUUUAGAAUCACUUGUUUCAUCCGAUGAAGAUGAACAACAAUCUUUUAUAAAACGAAAUCAACAGAAUAAAACAGGUUUUAUUGACUUGUCACACGGAAAGGUCACUGUUAAUCAACAUCCAUUAUCAUCAAUUGAUGGUUCAAUUUCAUUUGAAACUACCUAUCUUAUACCAGAAACAAAUAUAUUAUCAUCGUCAUCAUCAAUAGAUAAUGAUCGAAUAAAUAAUAACAAAGUUAAUUUUAUUAUUCAAAAACAACAACCAUUAUCAUCAUCAUCGUCGUCAAUUACUAAUGAUAAUAUCAUUAUAACAAGUUCAAAAUUAAAUGAAAUGACAUCACGAAAAAAUUUCUCGUUUAUUGAUGCGGUCAAUAACGCGCGUAGCGCCUACGUGGUCGAUACGCUCGAACAACGAAGUUACGAUUUACGGGAAGCUUAUUCUCGUGGUUUAAUAAAUACAACAAAUCAUCAUAUUAUUGAUCGUGCAACAUCACGACAAUUAGAUUUAGGUGAAGCAUUAAAAAUGGGUAUACUUAAAGUUGGUGACUCUCAAUCAUAUAAUGUCAUUUCAAAAACUGAAUCACUUAUCAUUUCACGUGUAUUUGAUCAUUGUUCAAAUGCAUUUAUUGAUCCAAAUGCUGCUAUACGUGCGAAAAUUCUUGAUCCAUAUCAUGGUUUAUAUUUAAAUAAUGCAACACAAGAAUCAAUUUCAAUUGAUGAUGCUAUGAGUAAAGGUUUUGUUCUCGUCGAACAACAACAACCACAACAAUCAUCAUCAUCAAAUAAUCAUAAUCAUCAUCAUCCCAAUGAUAAAUAUGUUAUAUCAACAUCAUUAAUACGUGAAACACGAUCAUAUCAUUUAUUAGGUGUUCGUGAUUAUAUUAAUAAUAAAGAAUUAACUGUUCAAGAAGCUAUACAAAUCGGUAUAUUAGAUAAACAAAAUGGACAAUAUAUUAAUCGAAAAACAAAUGAAAUAUUUUCGAUCUCAGAAGCUAUUGCACAAGGACAUAUACGUGCACAACCAUUACCAAUUGAAUCAACAACAAAUCAAGAAAAUUCAGGUACUAAUACAAAUAUAAAACGUGGAACAGUUAAAGAAACAAAAACAUAUACACUUAAAAGUGCUAUACAUCCUAAAACACGUCAAGAAAUUCCAAUACGUUUAGCUAUCGAUGAAGGAAUUAUUGAUCAUGCCAAAGGUUUUUAUGUAAAUAGUUUAACAGGUGAAAAUCUUCCAAUAAGUGUUGCAAUUGAAAAAGGUUUAAUAUUUACGGAAUUAAUUGAUCAACAUCCUCGACGUUUUAUUAAAACAUUAAUUAUUGAACAAGUUAUUGAUCCUGUUACCAAUCGUCGUUUAGGUGUAACUGAAGCAAUUAAAACAGGUUUAUUAAAUUCAAAUAUAACAAUAUAUUAUCAUUCAGUAACACAAAAACAAAUGACAAUACUUGAAGCAUAUGAACAAGGUUUAAUUAUCGGUAAAUUUCGUGAUCAACAUCCAUCAACAUUUUAUGGUGAUCAACACGAACAAGUUUUUUAUUUAAUUACAGGUGUUAUUGAUAUACGUACUGAUAAAGUUUAUAAUCUUCAAGAAGGUAUACAACAAAAAUUAUUUGAUCAUAAAAAAGGUGUCUAUAUUCAUCCGUUAACUGGUGAUGAAAUAAAUAUAGGUGAUGCUGUUAAACGUGGUUUUAUACAAGUACAAGCUGUUUCAUCACAAAUUAUAUUUAAUAAUACAGAUCAUCAAUUAUUAACUGAUAAACGUCGUGCAAUAAUAAGUCAAGAACCAUAUGGAAAUAAUACAAAUGAUUCACGUUCAAAAUUAUCAAUACGUAUUGAAUCACAAUCACGUCCACGUACACCAUAUGAAAUAAAUGAAUCGGAAAUUUUACAACGUGAAAAAGAUGUUGUAGAAAUAGAAUCUGUUCAACGUUUACCACGACAUUCAAAACAACAACAACAACAACAUAGAAUACGUGAAGAAGAAAUUUUCGAAAAACAUACAACAAAUGUAUUUGAUAGAGAAUGUAUUAUGACCCAUCAUCCAGCAAAUAAUGUACGACCAAAAUCAAGUGAAAGACAAAAACAAGAAUAUAUUGAAGAAGUUAUUAUUGAUGAUGGUAUUAAUAAUAAUCGUCGAGCGAAAUUUGAUAUUAAAGAAGAUCGACAUACAUCACAUAGAGAAAUUGUUAUUGAAAGUGAUAGAUAUAUGCCACCACCAUUACCACCAAAAGAUCAUCUUGUUAUUAAUGGUUCACAUCGUGAGCAUGAGGUUCGUGUUGUUCAAGCAUCACGUCCACAACCAUUGGCACCUCCACCACGUCCAGUUCAUAUUGAUGAUCGUCAACGUGAAGGUCAACGCAUUCAUCAUGGUGAAAUAUUUAUUGAAGAUCAUCAACGACCAUAUAAUACAUCAACUCAAACAACAGUAACAAAAGAAUGUAUUGAUAUAACAGAUAAUCGUUCAAAACCACCACCACCACCAGUUAUUAAUACACAACAACAACAAACAAAUGAAUAUCAUUUUGAUGAACAACAAUCAUGGACAGAAGAAGAAUGGGAGCAAUGGCAUUGUACAAUGAUGAUUAAAGGUGAACCUUAUCGUGUUAUAUGGGUUAUGAAUACAAUGACUGGUGAUCGUUUACCAUUACAAACUGCAUAUCAACGUGGUUUAGUUGAUAUAAAACAACGUUUAUUUUUUGAUGAAAAAUUAAAUCGUAAAUCUUAUACAUUUGAAGAAGCUGUUGAAUUAGGUUAUAUGGGUAUUGAACCAGAUACAGCAUCUCUACCACUACAUGUUGAUGGUAUUGAUUAUAUGAUACAUUGGGUAUUAGAUUCAUCAACUAAACGUCGAAUAUUUCCACGACAAGCUGUACGUAAACAAAUUUUAGAUGCUGUACAUGGUCGUUAUAUAAAUCCAUAUAAUAAUUCUCAAGUAUCAUUACAUGAAGCUAUUUAUUUAAAAUUUAUUGGUGCUACAGAAUAUAAUUCAACAAAUGAUUCUAUAACAGUAACAAUAAAUAGACAAACAUAUACGAUUAAAUGGGUUUAUGAUACACGUAAUAUGAAAAAAAUUUUACCUCGUGAUGCAUUAAAACAAGGUAUUUUGGAUAUACAAUUAAAUGAAUAUCGUAAAGUUGAUACAAACGAUGUAUUAACAAUUUAUGAUGCUAUACAAGCUGGUUAUAUACGUUGUAAUGAUGAUGAAUCAUCGUCAGAUAAUAGUGUUAGACCACCAUCAAUAAUAUCAAUUGAUGAAGAUGAAUUAACAAUCGCAACUAAAACAGCUACCUAUGUUAUUACAUCAGUUAUACAUCCAUUAACACAAAAAGAAAUUAAAGUAUCCGAAGCUAUUGAUUUGGGUAUAUUAGAUAAAGAUAUAGGUAGUUAUCGUGAUUUAGUAACAAAUGUUCAAUAUGAAUUAGCUGAAGCAAUCAACGAAGGUUUAGUCUACGCAACAAUAAUUGAAACAAAAGAAGAUACGGAAAUGUUAACAUCAUCCGUACAAGAAAUAAUAAAAAAAUUUAUUGUUAAAAGUGUUGCUGUUGAUAGUGAAUCACUAGAAAAAAUUGGUGGUUUAGAAGCACAAGCUAUCGGUAUACUUAAUUAUGCACAAGGCAUUUAUCAUGAUCGUAAAUCUGGUGUUAAAAUUCCACUUGAUAAAGCUAUUGAAAAGAAAUUACUUGAUGUUGAACUUGUUAGUCAAAAACGAUUUGAAGAAUAUGAUUUAGAAUUAAUAACUGAUACAAUUACGGAAAAACGUAUUACUUUAUAUCGUAUACAUGGUGUACGUAAUAAUGUAUUAGAUCGUAUGGAAUCAGGUGCUAUUGCUGUUAAAAAUCAAAUGAUUGAUACCGAAACAAAAACUUAUACAGAUUUUUCAACGGGUGAAUCAAUGACUAUUCAAGAAGCUAUUAAUAGAAAUUUAAUUGAAGCUGAAAUAAGUGAACAUGUUGAACGAAAACCAUUAGGUUUAUCAAUGCAAAAUGCUAUUCGACUUGGUUUUUAUGUAGCUGAAACAGGUACAUUCCGAGAUCCAGCAACUGAACAUUAUAUGACAUUAAUGGAAGCUAUUGAACGUGGUCAUAUACAUGUAAAUGGCAUGGCAUUUGCUGAUAGUGAACAAGGACCUAUAACUCUUUAUGAUGCAUUUUCACUUGGUUUAAUAAAUCGUCGUGAUGGUGGUAAACUUAAUCCACCUAAAAUAAGUUUAUAUCGUGCACGAUUAGUUGAAUCAAAAUUACAUCGUAUGAAUGUUGAAGAUGCUAUACGUUGUGGUUUACUUAAUCUUCGAACAGGCCUUUAUAAACAUCCACAUAGUGGUGAACAAUUACAUUUAAAAGAAGCUAUACAACGUGGUUUAAUUGAUGGACAAAGUACAAUUAUUGAACAUCCAACAAGUGGACGUUAUAUGACAUUAAAAGAUGCAUUAGAUGGUAUUCGAAUUGAUCAUGAAGGACAAGUAAUUGAUUCAUAUUCGAAUAAAACAAUAACAACAUUAGAAUUAGCAUUUAAUCAUCGAAAAUUAUUUUCACAAUUUGAUGUUAAUGCUGGUGAAGUAUUUCUUCCAUUACAAAAUGAAUCCGUUGAUUUUGAAAAAGCAAUACGAAAAAAUUUACUUGAUAAUAAUCGUAUGAAAUUAUUUGAUCCAAAAACUAGUCGAGAAUAUUCAAUACAAGAUGCUAUUGAACGUGGUUUAGUUGAUGGUGAAACAGGUUUAAUCUAUGAUUCACAUUCACAUACACAAUAUUCUGUACGUGAAGCUAUACGUCAUGGUAUUGUUGCUAUUGUUGGUGCACCAUUAGUACCAAUUAAAGCUGAUCAUGAAACAGUUGCUGCUAAAAUAACAUCAAGAAAACAUCGAAGACAUUCAUUAGUUAAAAGUUCAUUACAUUAUGAUUAUAAUAGUGCACCAGAUUCAGCUGAUGAAGAUUCUCAUGGUAGCGGUGGUGGUGGUGGUGGUGUUAACGCUGGUUGGCAUCGUAUUAAAUCUCGAACACGAGCUAUUAGUCCAUUAAGUAUUGAUGAUACACUUGAUUUAAAACGUAAUAUAAGAAGACGAACUGGUUCAAGUCCAACAGGAAAAUGUCGAGACGAUGAUUGGAAAACAGGAUGGAAAAAUGGUCAUAAUGAUGAUGAUGAUACAUAUGGAAAUGGUGGAGGUAGUUCAAAACGUAAUGGUGGUGGAAAUACAUUUUAUUCAAGUUCAACAAGUCGAGUACAACAAAGUAAUACAUCAUCGAAUCGAUCACAAGGAGGACAAACAUCAUCUGGUUUCCAACAAAAAAAUGAAACAACAUCUUCUUUAUCAACAGUAAUACCCAAGGAACAAGAUUCAAAUGAAUUUAUUGAACAUAAUUAUGAAAUAUUAUAUGAUAUUUUACCAACACCAAUUAAAUAUAUUAUUAAUAAAGAAAAUAAUUUAUUACGUUUAUCGGAAGCUAAUACAAAAGCACAGAAUAAUGAAAAUCGUUUGAUUUUGGAUAUACAUAAUAUUGCUGGCCGUUUAACUUCAUUACAUAAUCAAUUAAAUCAAUAUGUUUAUUUAACAGAAAAUCUUGAUCAACUUCGAACUAAUGUUAAACAUAUUAAAGUAUUACAUUUAGAAAUUGAACAAGAAAAAUUAACUAUGGAUAAUCUUAUUGAACGAACGAAGGGUAUGAACCCUCAAUUAACAAUAUUAAGUACAGAUCUUGAAGAAAAAAGAGUUGAAAUUUCUGAUAUCAAUAAUGGUUUAAGCAAUAUUAUUGAACGAUUUAUUACUAAUAUCGAUCAAUUUAAUAUGAAAUAUAUUUAUUUAAUGGAAUGGAUUGAAGAAAAUGAGAAUGAAAUUCAAAAAUCUUUACAAUUAUCAACAUUAAAUGUUGAUAAUGAUAAUUUAAAGAAUAUUUUAAAUACAGGAAUUCAUUUACAAAAUGAUCUUCAAUCUUUACAAGAAUAUUUACAAACAAUUCAUGUUAUAAUACAAGAUUUUCAACAAGCAAUUGAUAAUACUGAUAAUGGAAAAUCGGAAAAUAUUUUUCAAGAAUUUCAACAACGUUAUAGAAUUUUAUCAAAAACUUAUUCAGAUUUUCUUAAACGUUGUAAACAUAUAUCUGAUCAAUGUGAACGUUCAAUUGGUCUAUUCAAUGAAGUUAAUAAUUUCGAUAAAGAAUUUCUUAAAUCAAUCAAUGAAUUCGAUCAACAUUUAACUAUCAAUGAAAAAGAACAAAAAAAUGAUGAUACAUUACAAAUUCUUCUCUUAAAUGUUCAACAGCAUUUAGAUAAAUUACGUAUGUUAGCAAUACAUGAGCCAGCUUCACCUUCAAUAGUCAUCACAUCAAAUAAUCAUAUUAUGAAUCAAAUAAAAGAACAUCUUUACACUUUACUUGAUUCGCAUACACAACGUUAUGAUGAUAGUCAAAAACGUUUAAUGAAUCAUUUAGAAUUAAUUCAACGUUUUCUACAUGAACGUCAAACAAUAAAACAAAAUAUUGAUGAAUUAUAUAAUUGGUUAACAAAUUCAUUAGAAAAUAAUUUUCAUUCGCAACCAUUCUCAUUGAAACGUUCAAAACUUGAUGAACAAAUUAUAAGUUUUCGUCAAUUCCAUGCACAACUACGUACACGUCGUUAUGCAUUCGAUUCCGAUAUAAAUACAACAAUUAAUCUUGAAAAUUUAUUAGAUAGAGACGAUAAACAUUCUUUAAAAUUAAUCGAACAACAUUUUCAAUCAUUAAAUGAACAUAGUCAACAAUACAAUGAACAGAUUAAUCAUUUGUGUACACAUUUAAAUGAAUUUCAUCUUGAACAUGCCUAUUUAAUUGAUACUUAUUCGAAAAAUUUACGUCUUUAUACCGAACAAAUCGAACAAAAUGAUGAUAUAAAUUUUUCUGCAUUACAAUUAUUAUUAAAUAAUGAUCAAGAUUUAAUUCUAGAUCAUACAUCAUAUAAUAAAUUAAUAGAAGAAUUAUUGCAAACAAACAAUAUUACAGAUGAAAAUGAAAUAAUUGAACAUAAAAAUCAAGUUAAUGAAUAUAAAAAUCAAUAUGAACGAUUUCAAAAUGAUUUAAAAUUAAUUCUACAAAAUCGACAAAGUCUUUAUGAUGAAUAUGAAUUAAUGAGAAAUGAUAUACAAGAAUGGUUAUUAACAACAGAUCGUUUAUUAAAACAACAAUUAACAAUAGAUUCUUGUGAACAAUUAUUACAUGAACAUUCCACAUUACCUAUUGAACAAUUAAAAUUUAUAAAUAAACAAUUAGUUGAAUUUUAUUCCUCAGCAAAUUUAUUAGAUAUAUAUGAACACUUAAAAUUAUCUAAACCACGAAAUGAUUCAAAUUUAUCAUUAAUAUUUGAAAAACAAACAAAUGAAUUAAUCGAAUAUUAUCUAUUAAUAAAACAACGUAUUCUUGAAUCUAUAAAAAUAUUAGAAAAUAUUCAACAUCAAACAAAUAAUUAUCAAAUAUCAAAACAAAUAGCUGAAAAUUCAAUUGAAAAAGCAAAAGAAUUAAUUGUAUUAAAUGAAAAUAUAAUACUUUCAUUAGAUGAUCAAAAAAUUGAAAAUCUAUUACAAAAAUAUAAAAACAUUGCCAAUGAACUUAAAUCAAUGUCAUCAACUAUUGAUGAAUAUAAAAAUAAUGGUUUAAUCCUAAUUGAUACUGCUCAACGAUAUAUUGAUACUGAUUCUAUUUCAAAUGAAAUUGAAUCAAUUGAUAAAACUUGGUGUGAAUAUGUGGAAUAUGUUCUUGAUACAAUUGAUUAUAUUCAAUUACAUCAAGAAGAUUUAGGUGAAUUUUAUCAAUUAACUAAUCAUUUCAUGGCUUUGCUCAAUGAAAAACAGAUACAACUCGAAACGAUUCCAGAUAAUGAAUUGAAUACUUUUCAUAAUGAUAUAGAAAAACUUUAUGAACAAAUUGAAUUAUUGAAUCAAAAAGGAGAACUUUUAUUACAAAGUUUAGGAACUGAUUCAAAUGAAAAUCAAGUUGAACGUGUAUUAGACACAAUUAGUCGAAAUUAUGAUAAUUUAAUAACGAGAAUUAAAGUUCGUUUAGAUAAUAUUAAUAAUCCAUAUCAACCUAUUCCAAUCAUCAGAGAUAAUAUUUCAUCGAUAAGAACAACAUUGCAAUCUACUGAUGAUCUACGUCAACAAAUGGAUGAAAUAGAUUUAUCUAUGAAUGAAUUAUCAGAAUUAUUAAUAUCAUCAACAAGUGAUACAAUAUCAAUUCAACCAAAUCGUUUAACUGAACAAUUUGUUGAUAAUGCUGUUGUGAAAAAUGAAUUAGAAAAACGAAAAAUUUCUCUUGAACAAUUACAUUCAAAUAUCGAACAAUUUAAAUGUACAAUGACAAAUGAAACAGAUAUAAAUACUAUCAAAGGUUUGGAAGAUAAACUAUCAUUUUUAAAUAAACAUUGGUUAACAAUGAAACAAGCAAAUGAUUUACGUGAAGAAAAUCUUCUUUUAAUUCAAGCAUGUACAAAUAUAUUUUGGUCUGAACAUAAUCAACUUUUUACAUUGCUUAAUCAUCUAUCAACAAAAUUAAAACAAAUCUAUCCAUGUUCAACAUCAUGUGAAUAUAUUAAACAUGAACAAGAAAAAUAUAAUCAAUUAAUCGAUGAUUUUUCUAAUUAUAAAAUAAAAUUUCAAGAUUUUUUACAAAAACAUAGUUUACAAUUAUUAACAUUAAUUUCGGAUAAUCAACAAGAUACAGAAGAUAUUAAACGUUCUAUAUAUGAUGUAGAACAACAAUGGAAUCAUGUACAAAUAGAUUUAAAUACUUGUCAAAAUGAUUUAUCCCAAGCUAUGAAAAAAUCAAUUGAAUUUAAUUCAAAAUUAGAUAAUGUUUCAACAUGGUUAAAUGAAAAAACAAAUAUAGAAAAUAAUAAUGAUUUUGAACAAAUUCGAAUGUUUAAAGAACAUUUAGAUGAUAAAUAUAUUGAUCUUAUUAAUUUAAAACAAGAUUAUACAGAUAUUGAACAACAAAAUGAACAUAUAACUAAAGAUAAACAUCAUCUUGUUGAAGAACAAUUAUUACAAAUGGACUCGAAAUGGUUACAAUUAAAUGAUAAAAUGCAAGAACAUAAAACACUUACCUAUGAAACUGCUCUUCGUCAAAAUCGUAUUGGUGAUGUUAUUACAGAUAUAACUCAAUCAUUAGAUACUUGUACAUUAAAAUUAUCUCUUCUAAAUCAAACAUCUUCUGAUAUUAAUCUAACUGACGUGAAACAAAUCGAAAUAUUAAUUGCUAAAUUUCGUAUUCUUUUAAAUGAUAUUGAAUUAAUUUCAUAUGAUAUUGAACAAUUAAAACAUACGGAUUAUGAAAAUAAACAAACGGUUUUAUCAAUAAAUACUCGAUGGGAAGAAUUACAUAAACAAACAACUGAAAAAUAUAAUUUCUUUGAAAAUCAUUUAGAACAAAUGAAAUUAAAACAAAAAUUACAUGAUCAAAUUUUUCAUGAACUUCAAUUGAUUAAUAAACAAAUCAAUGAAAGUACAAUAAAUACAAAUUUUUCUGUACUUAUUCAAUGUUUAGAAUAUAUUGAAGAACGUAUUCAUGAUGAAUUUCCUAAUUCUAACAAUGAAUUAAAAAAACAUUUGAUCGAUAUCAAACAACGAACAUUAACCAAAAGUGAAGAAUUACUUGAUUUAAAAAAUUCCAUUGAAUUUUUUCAUAAAUCAUUACAAAAAUUUGCUGAACAAUUAAGUGAAAAUGAACGUUAUUUAAAUACACAAAAACCAAUUCAACGUCGUUUUGGUUUAUAUCCAACAUUAUUAAAACAAAUGAAUGAAUAUAAAACAUUUCAAAAUCAAUUGGAAACAUCGAAAGAACAAUUUAAUGAUUUAAAUAAAUUAGCAAUACGUUUAAAAAUCGAUUCAAAUUCAAUAAAAAAUUCUCUUACAUCAAUACAAAUACGUUGGCAAAAAAUUCUUACACGUACAAAUGAAAGAAGAAAAGAAUUAGAAAAAGUUUUUCAAGAAACAAAAAAAAUUGUAAGACCAGUAGUAGCAGAUAUUGAUCGAAUUAAAAGUGAAGUUCAUCGACAAACAUCUCUUUGUCAAUGUUCAAAUAAAUAUGAUGUACAACAAAUAGCUGAAGGACGAUAUCGAUUUGGUGGAUCACAAAGUCUUCGUCUUGUUCGAAUACUUCGUUCGACAGUCAUGGUUCGAGUUGGUGGAGGAUGGACGGCACUUGAUGAAUUUCUUGUUCGACAUGAUCCAUGUCGAGGAAUGCACAUCUAUAAUCGAUUUUUAACGACUAUCGCCGAAGCUAAAGGUCGUACAAAUUAUGAAUUAAAUUCACAAAAUUAUCCUUUACGUGAUGGUGUUGCUCAAACAAUGACAUUAUUCAAACAACGAUUUGUUAACAUUCGUCGACCAACAUAUCUUUUUCCUCAACAACAACAAUCUACUGGAUCAUUAUUAAAAAAAUCACCAUCAGUAACACCUAUUCGACCUAUAAAAGAUAAAUGUCGACGAACAUCAUCAACAUAUUCUUUAAAACAACAACAACAACAACAAUCAACUUCAUUAUCAAAUGGUGAUCUAUCCAUGUCAGCUGAUGAUCUAUCCGUAUCCCCACGUGUUUCUAGUGAUUCGGAAACAAAACAAUCUUUAAUACCAAUAGCAAUUACAAUGUAUACACCAGCAACAUCAACAUUGAGUCGUACAUCAAGUCGUGAUAGUAUUCUUUCGGAGAAUUCAUUUGUAUCAACAAGUUCAUCACUAAAACAUCGGCCAAGUAAACUUCCAUUACCAAUAAAUCGACAUCGAAAAAAUAUUGCAGUUUAUGUAGAUUCAUGUCCACUUGAAUAUCGUAUAAUUGAUCCAAAUCAUUCAUUUUGUUCUCAACCAUUUUCAAAUGUUAUUGAACAACGUGUUACUUUAUCAGAACGUGAAUACAUUAUUAAUAAACAUAAUUAUGAACGACGUCGUACACAUGGUACUAAUCUUGAAAAAAUGUAUUGGAAUGAUGACUUAGCUGAAAUUGCUUUAAGACAUGCUCGUACAUGUGUAUUUGAACAUGAUAAAAUGAAUCAACGUAGUAUACCAAGAAUUCCAUUAUCAACUGGACAAAAUUUAGCGAUAGGCUAUGAAAAUUGGACUGAAGUUAUAGAAGGAUGGAUUGAAGAGAAAGAAUAUUAUUGUCAUGCUUUUCCAUCAACAAAUCUGUUUAGUCGUUAUGCACAAAUGAUUUGGCAUUCAUCCGUAUUGAUUGGUUGUGGAGCAGUAAUUUGUCCUCCUUUUGGAUCUUAUAAUAUCUCAUGGAAUUUCUAUGUUUGUAACUAUAUUACAGGAUUAUUGAAUAGUAAUUAUCAUGCAGCAUAUAGGCAAGGCAUUAAAGAUCAUCCGUUACAUGAUUGUCAUGGUAAAGUCUGCUUAUAUAAUGGUACUCUUAAUUUAAAUACAUGCGAAUGUCAAUGUUCUUCAUAUGCAAGUGGCUCAUACUGUGAAAAAUUGAAUUGUUCGAAACUACCUCAAUGUCCUUAUCAUUCAUCAAUAUCAUGCGUUGCUGUUGAUGUUCCUUUAGAAUGUCCUCGUCUUUGUGGUCUUUGUGACCGAUAUGAAAUAUUGAAACAUGUUUAUGGCGAAGAUAAUUUAAUACCUAAUGUACUUAUGAGUACUACAACUACUACCACUACAACAACCGAAGAAACUUCGAUUAAAAUGGAAACAUUAUUUGAAGAUUUACAAACAUCAAAUGAAAUAAGUUCAACAUUAAUUCUUAAUACAACAACAAUUAUGUUAUCAACAUCAUCAAAAAUAAAUGUCUCAUAUGAAAUAUUUUUCUAUUUAUGUAUUAAAUAUUUUAUUAGUUGCAUAUGA